AUACAUACAUACAUACAUACAUGUACAUGUAUCUCCACCUUCCAUAUCCACCACUCCUGACUUGCUCUUAAUCUUCACUGAAACGUCCUCGAUUCUCUUGCGAGCUUCUGCUUUAGACAACAUGAUACAUUCCGCUGCUUCAUCCAUGGCCUCACCCCUCUGCACGUGGCUGGUGGCGGCUUGCAUGUCAGUCACGUGCCACACUGACCGCGCCGGGACUCCAAAGGCAGCGCUUCGGUCAUCCAAGAGGUCAAGGAGGACGAAGGCGCUGCCAGCAAACACCUCCCAAUUGAACAUGAGAUUGAUUUCUUCGCUGUACGGAUCCAGCAUUCAGGGACUCAUAAGCUCCUUCGAGCCCUGCGAUGACUACUGCAACACUCACAAUGCCUUCUCUUCGCUCUUUCGAUCCACAACUCCCAAUCGCAGACACACCCGUCUCAAUAAACUUUCUCAUUCUGGUAAAACAAUGGCUGUAGCUGUGGAACCUGCACACGAAGUCACAGCAACGAAAAAACCUCCUACAAAACAAAGGCGAGUAGUUGUGACUGGGUUGGGCGUUGUUACACCUCUUGGUCACGAACCAGAUGUUUACUACAACAAUUUACUUGAUGGUGUUAGUGGCAUAAGUGAGAUCGAGACAUUUGAUUGUGCUGAAUAUCCAACGAGGAUUGCUGGUGAGAUCAAGUCGUUCUCCACUGAUGGCUGGGUUGCACCAAAACUUUCGAAGAGAAUGGAUAAAUUUAUGCUCUAUUUGCUAACAGCCGGUAAAAAGGCCUUAGUUGAUGGUGGAAUUACUGAAGAUGUAAUGGAUGAGUUGAAUAAGGAAAAAUGUGGAGUUUUGAUUGGCUCAGCGAUGGGUGGCAUGAAGGUUUUUAAUGAUGCCAUUGAAGCUUUAAGAGUAUCAUAUAAGAAGAUGAAUCCUUUUUGUGUACCUUUUGCCACAACAAAUAUGGGAUCUGCCAUACUUGCGAUGGAUCUGGGAUGGAUGGGCCCUAAUUAUUCAAUCUCUACAGCUUGUGCUACAAGUAACUUUUGUAUAUUGAAUGCAGCAAACCACAUCAUAAGAGGUGAAGCUGAUGUGAUGCUUUGUGGUGGCUCAGAUGCUGCUAUUAUACCCAUUGGUUUGGGAGGUUUUGUGGCAUGCAGAGCCCUAUCGCAGAGGAAUACAGACCCUACCAAAGCUUCACGCCCUUGGGACAUUAAUCGAGAUGGAUUUGUCAUGGGGGAAGGAGCUGGAGUUUUACUUUUGGAGGACUUGGAGCAUGCAAAGAAAAGAGGUGCAACCAUAUAUGCUGAAUUCCUUGGUGGAAGCUUCACCUGUGAUGCAUAUCAUGUGACAGAGCCACGUCCCGAUGGAGCUGGCGUUAUACUUUGCAUUGAAAAGGCAUUAGCUCAGUCUGGAGUAUCAAAAGAGGAUGUGAACUACAUAAAUGCACAUGCCACAUCCACGCCUGCUGGGGAUCUUAAGGAGUUCCAGGCUCUGCUUCAUUGUUUUGGUCAAAAUCCCGAGCUAAGAGUGAAUUCUACAAAAUCUAUGAUUGGUCAUCUACUAGGAGCAGCUGGUGGCGUGGAAGCUGUAGCAACAGUCCAGGCAAUUAGGACAGGGUGGGUGCAUCCCAAUAUCAACCUGGAAAACCCAGAUCAAGGAGUGGAUGCCAAAGUGCUUGUGGGCUCAAAGAAAGAGAGACUAGAUAUCAAGGCUGCCCUAUCCAAUUCAUUUGGUUUUGGAGGCCACAAUUCUUCAAUCAUAUUUGCUCCAUAUAAGUGAAUGAAUACAUGUUUCAGAAUAAUACCUUCCCUACCAUUAUACAGAAGUUACUAAGGUAGCCAGGCAAUUGUUACACGCAUGAUCAAAGUCAUGAAUUGGAUGAAAAUAUAUGUGGAAAUGGUUGGAGCAGAAACUCUUGAGGACAUUGUUGAGAGAUGGUUUGGUGGUUUAGAUUGUCUGGCCGAGAUACAUGGUGGAGCCGGUUCUAUCCACCGAUGAAGAACAUGAAUGGCUGCUAUUGCCUUUAUAGAGUAGGACUUGACCCACUUUGAUGUGACUCUUAAACAAAUCCACUUGGCAGUAUAUAUAAGCUCUUCUGUUUUAUUUAUUCCCUAUGUACCCAAAUAGUUUGUGCAAUAACAAAUUGCAAUUUAUUUUUUCGCUGCCUUGUUCUAUUGCCCUUAAACCAGACCAUUUAGGGAGAAGGGGAUGAUUUUAAUCUCUCAGGAAAUGCCUCUUUAGUUUUAUUAUUAUUAUU